CCUUGGUGGCGCGGGUGGCUGGGCGGUAUGCCUGUAUGUUGUCGCCGAGUUUCUCAUCUUUCAUCUUUUGUGUGUUUGUGUGUGUCGCAGCGCCCAAGCCCGCGGGCCGGCGGUGCCGCAAGCCGGGCCUGGACCGCAAGCCCCGCCAGGCCUACAGCGCGCGCCAGCUGGAGCGGCUGGAGACCGAGUUCAAGGUCGACAAGUACCUGAGCGUGUCCAAGCGCAUGGAGUUGUCCAAGGCGCUGAACCUGACGGAGGUGCAGAUCAAGACGUGGUUCCAGAACCGGCGCACGAAGUGGAAGAAGCAGAUGACGACGCGCUACAAGCUGCCCGCCCCGCCGCAUGUCACGGCCCCCCGUCCUCCGGGGCUGUUCGGCUCCGCCACCAACGCCGUGGCAGUGGCGCCCGCCGGCGGCCUGGCCGGGGGCUUCUUCCAGCCGCCUGCCCCCAUGGCGGCCGCCAUGGCCAACUCGUUCGCGCUGACGCCCCUGGAGGGCGGCACCGCGGCGUCCACCGACGCGUCCUCCAGCGCGACCGUCGCGGCGGACGAGGAGGCGUCCUCCUCGACGGACAUCGUGACCGUGUAG